AUGACGCGCGAUUCGAACGGCGGAGUAGGAGGGCGGGUGCAGUUGCCGUUCGACACUUACGGGUUGCGCCGUCAUAAUGGGCUCCCGCUCGAGGAGUAUUACCACAGCGUUGAAAACGUCCCGGAUCUCGCCGCUCGGGGCGUCUCCCAAGAGUUGUACCGGCGAAUCUUCGUCAACGAGCUCGCGCAGGUGACUGGACUGGAGAUGCCGCCACGUGACGAGGACGCAGUGAAACGACAGGUGUGUGCCGCUUGGCUCGCUGCCUUUGUCUGUUUUCCCGUUGGUCUGCCAUACUGCUGUUGGAUAACGCAUCGAGAGAGGGCGAGAGUACAGGCGUUCGACGCGGAUCUGCGCGCUUGGCAAGCAAACGCCACCGAGCAGCUGCGCGCCAUCGUACCCGGCGCCGUCGUCAAGACGCGGAUGCGAGUCAAGGGUGAAUAUCAAAUCGUGGGAAGGGAACAAGGCGAAGUGAAAAAAAGUUACGUGCCGACUUCCACAGAACGGUCCAUCGUCAUUGCCCUGACCCCGGAGGAAGGUUCGCUGCUGCAAGACGAGCCUCACAUCUCCGGCGACGCCGAUAAUAUCCCUCCCCAAUGCAUGUGCGUGUUCUGCGCGUGCGAGGGACGACCCGACGGUUCCUGCGAGGGCGAGACGUUGUGCUGUUGCAAGUUCACGGUGAAGCCCGGCGCGCCCGAGGGCUUGGACUAUUACGAGUGGAAACGAGACGAACGAUGCGCCGUCCCCGUCUGA